AAAUAUCUCUCCUAUAAAUUACUAGCCACUUUGUAAAUCUAGAUCUCUCUCCAUAGUAUUUAUUACCAAGGAAAAUGGCGACGGGUGGCAUGGAUGAAGCAAGCAACAUGAAGGUGAUACUGAAACACUAUGUAUCUGGUUCACCACAAGAAACCGAUAUGCAUUUGACAGCCGGAACCAUCAAACUCAAAGUACCAAAGGAUUCUAAUUCCAUCAUCCUCAAGAAUCUUUAUCUCUCAUGCGAUCCCUACAUGAUCUUCAAAAUGAUGAAGCUCGAACGACAAUUAACCGAUCCUUACGUCCUCGGUUCGCCUAUAACUGGAUAUGGAGUGGCUAAAGUUUUGGAUUCAGCACAUCCUGGCUUUGCAAAGGAUGAUUUGGUGUGGGGAAUAACUGGUUGGGAAGAGUAUAGUAUAAUUUCAGACCCUAAAAAUUUCUUUAAAAUCCAACAUACCGAUGUACCUCUUUCCUACUAUGCUGGAAUUCUGGGUAUGCCUGGGAUAACAGCAUAUAUUGGUUUCUAUGAGCUUUGUGCUCCAAAGAAAGGAGACUAUGUGUUUGUUUCAGCAGCAUGUGGUGCAGUUGGUCAGCUAGUGGGGCAAUUUGCCAAGCUCCAUGGUUGCCAUGUUGUUGGAAGUGCUGGUAGCCCAGAGAAGGUUGAUAUCUUGAAGAACAAAUUUGGUUUUGAUGAGGCUUUCAACUAUAAAGACGAGCCCAACUUCGAUGCAACAUUGAAAAGGUUACACCAUAAUCGAAAUCUAACGUCGACCCUUUAUUUUCGAAAUAGGCAUUGUCCCAAAGGCAUUGACAUUUACUUCGACAAUGUCGGCGGGAAGAUGCUAGACGCGGUGCUACUCAACCUGAGACCCCACGCCCGCAUUGCGGUGUGUGGCAUGAUCUCGCAAUACAAUAGAGAACAACCCGACGGUGUCCAGAAUUUGUCGUCGAUGGUAUUGAAAGAAGCUCGAAUGCAAGGCUAUCUAGCGACGAACUACUACCAUCUUUACCCCAAAUACCUGGAAAUGAUAUUGCCAUUGAUCAAAGAAUCCAAAGUAGUGUAUGUUGAAGAUGUUGCUGAUGGCUUGGAAAAUUCUCCCAAAGCCCUUGUCGGGAUCUUUAGUGGCCGUAAUAUUGGUAAACAAGUGGUGGCUGUUAAUUGCUUGUAAUCGAAGUUUUAGAUCAAAACGCUUUAUUUAUAAUUUUGCCCAUAAAGUAUAUUCGAUUUCUCAUUUUGGUAUAUGAAUUAUCAUUUUCAUAUUAUUUUACCCCAAAAUUAUUGUCGUGCAAUAAGAAUGUGCUACAUGUCAUGUUCUUAUUGUUAAAUUUUUUAUUUUUAAGGGUAAACUAAGAUGAAAAAGAUAGUUCAGUAUCAAAGCGGGACAAAAGUUUCAUAUACUAAAGUGGGAAAAUGAAUAUAAUUUAAGGGUCAAAUCAUGAAUUAAGCUAAAUCAAAAUAUGGACACUUUUUGUAAUGAACCGAAAGUUACGGUAUCGGAAAUUGAGUCUUGAGUACUGUUUCCAUGAAA